AUGGCUUCGCAGUCACCAGCACGCUCCUCGGAGGAGACGCAGACAGCUCAUUCCAACCAUGAUCAUUUGAACCACGACCCCGAGAAGCAAGAUGGUGCCAAGAGCGACGAGACACAGUCCGGUGAAGCAUCAAAGAACGACGCCGAUGGGAGGGCGAGAUGGAACUGGGAUACAGAUCCUCACAAUCCCAUGAACUGGCCAACACGCCACAAAGUCAGGCAGAUUGUGAUGCUUUCUCUAGCGGCCUUCACAGCAUCCGUCGGCACCUCCAUAAUCAGCCCAGCCCGCGCCCAGCUCAUGCAAGAGUUCGAUGUCACCAUGACACAGGCCAUCGUCCCGCUGUCGAUGUACGUCUUUGCCCUUGGCCUGGGUCCCAUUGUCGGCGGCCCGCUGUCGGAAACGGUGGGCAGGCAUCCCGUCUACCUCAUCAGUCUCCCUCUCGGCGGCCUUUUCACCCUCGGCCUUUGCCGGAAUCUGUAUCCUGCGCUUCCUCGCGGGUUCUGCCUCUCGCCGAGCCUGGCCAUCGGCAGUGGGACCAUCAACGAAACGUUCAGGCCCUCGGAGCGCGCGCUGCCUUCCACCACGUACAUCCUCAUGCCGUUUCUCGGCCCGGGACUGGGGUAG